AUGAAGGUGCUACCCGCCUCAGGCCUUGCUGUCCUUGUCACAGCUCUAAAGUUUGCCACCGCAGUCCCCACCCUAUUUGCAGCCACCCCUAGGACCUUCAGGAGCAGCUACCACCUGGCACAGGACUACCUUGACAAGUAUUACACCCACAAAGGAGGCCCCCAGGCCGGUGAGAUGGUGGCGAGACAAGGCAGCCCCAUGGUCAGAAAGAUUAAGGAGCUGCAAUCUUUCUUUGGCCUCCAAGUCACUGGGAAGUUGGACCCGACUACGAUGAAUGUGAUCAAGAGGCCUCGCUGUGGCGUUCCUGAUGUGGCCAACUACCGCCUCUUCCCAGGUGAACCCAAAUGGAAAAAAAAUAUUUUGACAUACAGAGUCUCUAAGUACACACCUUCCAUGAGGCCUGCUGAGGUGGACAAGGCUGUGGAGAUGGCCCUGCGUGCCUGGAGCACCGCCGUCCCUCUGAACUUCGUUAGGAUAAACUCUGGGGAAGCAGAUAUCAUGAUAUCUUUUGAAACUGGAGAUCACGGGGAUUCCUACCCAUUUGAUGGGCCUCGAGGGACUUUGGCCCAUGCAUUUGCACCUGGAGAAGGCUUGGGAGGAGACACGCACUUCGACAAUGCUGAGAAGUGGACUAUGGGGAUGAACGGGUUCAAUUUAUUCACCGUCGCCGCUCACGAAUUUGGCCAUGCUCUAGGCCUGGGCCACUCCACAGACCCCUCAGCACUUAUGUAUCCAACGUACAAGUACCAGAACCCCUAUAGAUUCCAUCUCCCCAAGGAUGAUGUGAAAGGAAUUCAAGCACUAUACGGACCCCGGAAGACAUUCCCAGGAAAGCCCACCAUGCCCCAUAUCCCACCUCACAAGCCAUCCCUCCCCGACCUCUGCGACUCCAGCUCAUCCUUCGAUGCCGUGACGAUGCUGGGAAAGGAGCUUCUGCUCUUCAAGGAUAGGAUUUUCUGGAGAAGACAGGUACACUUGGCAGCAGGAAUUCGGCCCAACACCAUCACCAGCUCCUUCCCCCAGCUCAUGUCCAAUGUGGAUGCAGCUUAUGAAGUGCCUGAGCGAGGCCUUGCUUUCUUCUUCAAAGGUCCGCACUAUUGGAUCACACGAGGAUUCCAGAUGCAAGGUCCUCCCCGGACAAUUUAUGACUUCGGGCUGCCAAGGCGUGUGCAGAGAAUAGAUGCUGCUGUCUACCUCAGGAAGCCCCAGAAGACCCUUUUCUUUGUGGGAGAGGAAUACUACAGCUAUGAUGAAAGAAAAAAGAAAAUGGAAAAAGACUAUCCAAAGAACACCGAAGAGGAGUUUUCAGGAGUGAGCGGCCAAGUAGAUGCUGCUGUGGAGUUAAACGGCUACAUUUACUUCUUUUCAGGACCCAAAACGUACAAGUAUGACACGGAGAAGGAAGACGUGGUUAGUGUGGUAAAAUCCAGCUCCUGGAUUGGUUGCUAA